AUGUCCGCCAAAGAAACAAUGGUCCCCAAUGCCGAACAGGCGGAAAACAUUGGGCUUGGGUUUGCCAAGAGACUCAGCAAGAAAUUCUCUUUGGGUCACGGAAACACAGACGGCCAUGAAGGCAAGGCCAGCGACAUUCUCGAUAGGAGCUCAUCCAUCCGCGACGAAGUCAAACAUGGCAACUUCAAUGGCGCCAAGGAGAUCAUCACUCAAGGCCAAACCACCAAAGAAUCGAGAAGCCAAGGAGACGCUGGUGGAGCAUCGGGUAGCGCGGCUGGAAUGAACCAAGAACACUUCAACAACGAGAAUGUAUCCGACGCCACAAAACAAACCAGCCAAGGAGAUGCCGGUGCGGUAUCAAGUGGCAUGGGUGGAGCGAACAAGGGUCUCGAUCAAGAGAGUGUUCAGAAGACCGCAAAGCAAAUCAGCAAUCAAGAUGUCGGUGGAGCAUCGAGCGGUGCUGUUGGAAUGAACAUGGGGGACCUUAACGAACAAAACCUCCAAAAAACCGCAAAGCAAGCCAGCAAAGGAGACACCAGUGCAGUAUCCAACAGCGCUGCUGGAAUGAACACCCGAAAUAUCAACCGGAAGAGCGUCCAGAACACCGCAAACAAAGUCAGCAAAGGAGAUACUAGUGGAGUAUCCAAUAGCGCUGCUGGGGUAAACACAGGAGACCUCACCAAGGACAAUCUCCAGAACACUGCAGAGCAAGUCAGCAAGGGAGACACUAGCGCAGUAUCUAACAGCGCUGCCGGGAUGAACACUGGUGAUCUCAACAAGGACAAUCUCCAGAACACUGCAAAGCAACUCAGCAAGGGAGACACUAGCGCAGUAUCCAACAGCGCUGCUGGGAUGAACACUGGUGAUCUCAACAACGAAAGCCUCCAAAAUACCGCAAAGCAAGCCAGCAUAGGAGGCAUUGAGCAAGGAAAUACCGGCAAAUCUUCCACUGGCGACAUCAGCGCGGAGCAACGCGACAUUCGCAGCAAGAAGCGGGAAACCAGCCAGCAAACGCAAGACACCAGCAAUGAAAUUUCGAGCAUUGGCUCUCAGGAGUCUGACUACAAAAGCGUUGGUGAUCGCAAAGGUAGUGUGGCGGCCGGAGUCCUCGAACCGAAUUAUGACAUUCGAAAAGGUCCCAUCACUAUGCCGGGCACUUUCCAAGAGAAGAAUUUCCACACCGAUAGCGGCAAGGAGACUAUUGUUCAGAGAGGAACCAGUAGCGAGGGACUUUCCAAAAAGGUGAAGGAAGACAACGCCAACGCUGGUGCCGAUGCCGAUGCCUCGAGCACCCAAAAGUCAAUUCCCUCCCAUAUCGCCUUUGCAGGCGCAGCAGGCGACAACCAGAACACCCCAAGCCAAGGAAACGCCAUGAAAGCCGACACCGGAGACGGAUCUAGCAAUGACUUCAUUGAAAAAGAGCUCCAUGAACAAGACAACAUCAGCUCAGAGGUCUUCGAUGAUGGAAGUAGCGCCACAAACCUUUCCAAGAAGGCUGCCGCUCAAGAGGCUUCCGGAAAAUACCGGAUGGACAAAGAGGACCUGGACAUGCAAGGCUCCAAGCCUUCCCAGAAAGAAGAAGCAGCUGAAGCAGCAGCAGCUGCCGCUGCUGUCGCUGCUGUCGGUGGUGGCCAUGGAAUGCGCAAAGGUGUUAGCGGCCAGAGCUCUAAUACCAGAAACAUGACAGGCCAUAAUGAUUCCGGGCUUGGAGCCAGCGCCGCUAGAGCCGAUGAUCUUGCCUCCACAAGUCCGAAAAGCAAGAUUGCUUCCACUGCGGGAGGUUAUGACUAUGCAAGCGGACAUGAUCUGACUACCCCAAAUCUGACAAACAACAUGAGUCAUGCCUAUGUCGGUGCAAUUGACAGUCAAGGCUCAAAGUCCGAGACUCCGAUAAGCACAGCAACCACAAGCGGAAUCAACCAGCCAAGUGUUUCACGGUCUGCCACCGUAGACCGGACAAAGAAUGACCUCUCCAGCACCGGCAUUAUUGGAUCUAACCAAGGAACACUUGUCGGCGGAGGAAUUCGCGGACUUCAGAAAGAUGAUAAUCAUGGUAUUCCCGAUACCAGCAGUGUUGGGAUGAACCAAACAAACAUUGUUGGUAGCGGAAGUCAACAUGGAGGCAUCUAUGAUGCCUCUAGCAACAAUGCUUUCAACAAUGGAGUCACCGGUGUUAGCUCCGGCAGCAAGAGCAGCGUCGGAAAUGGCGUGGUCACGAGGCGGAUUGUCCGGCCGCUAAGUGGCAGCGGCUACAAGCUCAGCGUUCUCCAGGAGAAGGUCCAGGCUGUGUCUCAGAAGUGUAAGACUCAACUUGGCCUGUCUUCUAGUGAGAUAGGCCAGCGUAGCCCCAAUGUCGAUGCUUUCUUCGAUGCUGUUGCGGCCGAACGUCUCCGCUGGAUGCCUCGUGAUGGCAGCAGGCUCGACUGCAGCCUCAGAUGGGCUUCCAGAUUGGCGUAUGCGGUAGAUGCUCUUCGGGAGUCUGUCGGAGCUUUUGCACCUGCUGCAAAUGAGGCUGCAAUGCUUGUUUGGGGAUUCUGUAUCCUUCUCUUGGAGUCUGAUAUCGACAACACGGAUGUUUUCGAAAGCGUCUUUGGCCGGUAUGGUCGUGUUGCCGUCGGAAUCUACUUGCUUCUGCAGUAUGAGACUGCGUACAAAUCCUCUCCUGAGCUUCAGCCAGAGGUUGCCGCGGUCUUUGCUGACUUGCUCGAGAUGGUCUGUAGCACGACUACUAGCUGUGUCGAGGGAUUCAAGAGCAAGGAGUCCGACCAGGUCAUCGGACGCAAUGUGGAUGCGGCCUUUGUGACAUAUGCUAAACGCUUCUCCAAUCACUGGAACUGCGUUGUUGACGAUCAUACCUCAAAGCUGGUAGAGGGUAGCUCUUUGAUCUAUUCCUCCCCUGAGCUGGGUAGUUUGCGCCAAUUCCUAGGAGUUCAGGACCGUCCUCUCCAAUUUAUCCUUGAUUCCCGCGCUCAUUCGCUUGCUGAGGGAUCGUUUGAGUGGUUCAACAACACGCUCUACGACUUCACCACUGCAAGCUCCCCUGUGAUGCUAAUUACGGGAGGCCCUGGCUCCGGAAAGAGUGCGCUUGCUCAGUGGACUGUCGAAAGACUGCAAGAGUCAGCCGAACACGAUAGUUGGAACGUUAUCCCAUACUCGAUUCGUGCCGAUAUUCCUGUCGCCACUUUACCCCUACGUAUCUUGAAGGGCGUUCUGCACCAGAUGUUGGAUCACUCUGUCAGUGACAAGCGCACCCAAGAGGCGAUCCUGGUUGAAGCUGCCCAGGCUGCCCAAGGGGCGAUUGAUGGCGCUGGAGACCUGGCAGUUGAAGAGAGUCUUUGGCGGGGUAUCCGUGCUGGUCUUUCUACAAACAUACAGUAUAUGUUUGUGAUUGACGGUAUCGACCAGAUCAAGGGGGGCAAUGCCAAUGCCGUUGCCUGUCUGGACAAAUUCUGUUCGCUUCUCUCCGAGCAGAACUCAGGAUCUAAAAUGAUCGCUUUCACUCGACCUCUGAGCUCGAAGAUCACUUCUAGGGAGAUCCAACACUUCAAUAUGCAGACUUCCCAGACCAAGUCCGAUCUCACGGCAUAUGUCAACAAGAUGCUUGCAUCUGGAGCUAACUUUGACAUCCACAAGGGCCACGAGCUCCAAGCCGCUGUAUCCGCAAUCGUCGCCCGCUCUCAGGGCUCUUUCAGUUGGGCUGAAAUGUCAGUUGCUUACGCCAAACAGCAAAAGACACUAAGCCAAGCUGUUGCAGCAGUGCAGGGCUUGCCACAGUCAAUGCCGGAGCUGCUUGACUUCCACACCAAGAGCUUGGACCUUAGCCAACCGGGUACCAUCAACAUCGUCUCCUGGCUCGCAGCAUCUGAGAGACCAUUGCUGGUCGAGGAGAUUGAGCACUUGCUGAAUGUGGACCCCAAGGGCCCUAGCUACUCCUCCAAGCAACUCACUGGAAGCUAUGAUACACUCAAUGCGUUGAGCCCGCUGGUCAUGACCCGUGAUGGUGUGGUAUCCUUUGCGCACACCUGCAUUCGUGACCAUGUCAUCAAGCAGGCCAUGUCUGCUAUUGGACCCUCUCAGCUCAACAUGAAGGACGCUCACUACGACUUGCUUGUGAGGUGUCUUUCUUGCAUCCAAUUGAGCGUGCGCGAAGAGGUGGACGUUUCCAUGGAUAAGCUGAACAUUGAAGAGCGCAACCAUCUCUUCGACAAGUAUGUCGUCUUGGAAUACACGGCGCGUUACUGGCUAUCGCAUCUUCUGUCUUCACCUUUGGUCACCGAUCGCGGAGAGUUCCAAUUCAAUUCGACUUUCACGAAGCUCAUGCCCGCGACAGUCCUCUUCGCGCGCCUCGAAUUGACUUGCCGCGAGUCGCAGUUCACUCGGUCCAGUGUUGUUGAGCUCUACAGACUUGCGAGUGACAUCCGCUGCCUGGUUCUCGGCGAGAAGUCUAUCGCCCUGCUGCAGAGUUUACUACUCAGCGCACGCGUAUCCAAGUUGGCGCAUGCCAGCCAUGCAGAUGAGACCUGCUACGAAGCCUGGAAGCUGAGCCAAGAAGUUCUUGGACAGUCACACUCGAUCACUUUGACAUGCUCUGACAUGAUGGCGCAGUCAUUCUCCGACCGAGGCACGAUGACAUCCCAGCAGGAGGACAUCAUGAAGUACUUGAUUUUGACUGACUCCGAGGUCACUGGCGUUGAGUUUAAUCAACGACUCAGGUACCUUGGUGUAAUUGUCAGCAUGUAUAAAACUCGCGGUGAUAACCAGUCUGCGUUGCUUAUCUCGAAGCACUUCUACCAGCAAAUCCUCCAGAAAUACGGUACCAACUCGCGCCAGUCAUCCGAGACUGCCGACUUCCUGACUACUCAUUUCUCGACAUCUGGAAACGACGAGUUGAGCCGCGACAUUGCUCGAACCAAGUAUGACAAUAUGGUUCACACCAUGGAUGUCACUGAUGAGCGCCGGAUCAAGUACACUUUGUACAUGGCACAGAUGUACGAGGAUCAAGGAGACUACGUCCAUGCUCAGUCAAUUCUGUCAAGCCUGUGGGCUGGUCUCAAUUCGCACGACAUUGAUUCGGUUGACAUGAUGGACAAAAAGGCAAACGUUGCCCUUGUGUACUAUCAGUUCCUUCGUCGUCGGGGCAGAAAUGACGAAGCUGAGGUCAUCAUCCGUGAACUGGUUGCAGACCUCGAGGUCACAGGCAUUCACUCCGCAGAGAUGCUGGAGCGUGUGCAGCUUCUUCGUGCUGAGACCCGGGAGAUGCUGAUGUACAGUUUGGAUCGUUCUUUGUCGGUUCUCAUGUGGCGCUACUACAAGGAGACUCAUCAAGAAUAUUCCGAGGAGUCAACUGCUCUAGCGCUCUCAAUUGCGCAGAGUAUGGCAAACGCAGUGUCGAUCGAGGAGGCAUCAUCUCUGUCUACCCGUGACCGCAAAUUGCUGGUUGAGCUGCUGGACGUGAUCUCAGCCAGUGCAGACAACAUGACCGUCACCACGCUGAUUAUGUGCCACAACCUCGCUAGCAUCUAUGUGAACGAGGGGGAUUGGAUUCAGGCUAGCGAUUGCUCAAUGGCUGUGCUGAAACAUAUUUGGCCGACCGUUGAACAGGCCAAAUCCCACCAGAAAUUCUCGCACGACCUGGCGCCUCCAGUGGCGGAUCUCGCUUUGAUCUUGGCCUAUUGUCAUUUCCGCAGACUGCACCUGGAACAGGCCACAGUGGUGUAUGAAAAUGCCUUUGGCUCUUUGGUCAGCUCUGACAGAGUGCCUGUACCUUCUGUGCUCGCCGUUGCCAAAGCGGUUGUCGAGUUCCACGAGACCUCAUACCAGUUCACGAAGGCCCUCACUUUGCUUCAUACCGUGAGCAACUUCUUGGCCUCCCGCCUCGGAGAGAGUCAUAAACACACUAUUGACAACAUGUAUCUCGAGGCUGCCUUGGCAAUGCGCCUGGAGAUGACCGGUGAGGCCAAAAGCACCUACCAGCGGAUCUACAACGCUACCUCGCGCGACAACGGCAUCGCUCCGGAGGGUAUCGAAGCUGCAAAUGCUCUCAUCGCCCUGUACGAGAAAGGAAUGGAGUGGGAUUCUGCAUUGCAUAUCUACCGAUCUCUCUGGCCGACUCUAGUGGUUCAAGACAUCAAGGGGCAGACCUAUGACCACAAACUGGUUGACCAGAUGCUGGAGAAGACCUACAUGGGUUAUAUGUCAAUUCUGACAACUCACAAGGGCUCUGACUUCUCUGAGCGGUACCAAGUUGCCUCUGAGUACGUCAUGACCUGUCAGCACGUCCACGGCGCAACGAGUCAGAAGACGCUCAAUGCUACUUUGCUCUUUGCCGAGCUAUGCGAGUCUAGCGAAUCAUAUCUUGAUCAAGCUAUUGCGUUGUACAAGCUGCCUUUGGAAACCAACGAGUGGGUGCCCACUUCCCAAUCAUCGAAGGGUCUCGAGCAGAUGACUGCGCCCCUACCCAUCACGCUCAAGCACAAGCUAGCGCAGCUGUUUGUCCGCAAGCAUGAUUCGACCAGUGAAGCCCGUUCAAUCUACACCGAAGAGUUCCAGCUGGCCAAGAAGACUCAAGGUUACUUUUCCACCACGACUCUCUCUUGGCUCCGUGAGCUCGCUCUCGCUCAUUCACGACAGGGGACACCCUCCUCCAUCCAGCAGGGCAAUGCCAUCCUCCACACCUACUCUACUGAUGUGUUGCACGCAGGCGGAGAUCCUGACAAGAUCACUGACUGGGCCCGCCGUAUCGCAAGUAUCUACCUCGAGUGCGGCUUCAUCGAGGGUGGCAACAGCCUCCUUGACGAGCUCCGUUACCGCGUGGUGUACAGCUCCGAAACCUCGGCUACGAUUUUGGGUGACCGCCACGAUGCCAUGUUUGUUGCUGCCUUUGAGGAAGUCUUCGGCAGACGUGCCACUUAUGAUCAAAUCAUGAGGGAGAUGGCUCGCGAGAUGGAGACUUACCAGACCUUCUCUAAGAGUCUUUCUGGCCACGACUUUAUUCCUACUUUGGUUUCUGGUCACCUGCUCUACACUCUUCAGCACGAUCAGAAGCGGAUCCGUGCCGCCAAUGACACCAAAGACAAGUUGUAUGGCUACUUCUGCUCCAACCUCUCUGCCACCAGUGUUGCAGACAAGGAAGUGGUACAGCAAUUCUACCAGAUCUGUCUGCGCGAGGUCCACCUUGAGAACUACAACAUGAACAUUCUAACAAUAACCACCGAGAUGGUUCGAGACCUGUGCAACUCCUCCCGCUUCCAGGAGGCUAGCAUUCUGACGGGCGUUCUUCACUCCUUCAUGCAUUUGACCGACGGUCUCAACAACUACGACAAUAUCAAGAUUGCCACACAGCUCUGCCUCUACCUGAGCGGACACAAAGCACAGAAAUGCACCGACGAAACAAUCUACCACAGCAUGUCCAUCAAGUCCAAGCUCCUCCUGCAAGAGAUCAUGGCAGCCUCGAAAUCCAUGGGCAUCGACAUGGUCGACCUCCCCUUCAACGACCUCAACGACAUAAUCACCCUCCUGGGCGAGUACGAGAUGUUCGACGACCUAGAAGGCAUCCUGACGCAACUCUGGACAUCCCGAAUCGUGCAGCGCACCUGGACCCCAGACGUGGUGGUAUGGAUCGGACGACGCCUCGUCGAGACUCGCUUCUGCCGCGGAAACGUCGACUCCUCCAUCCAGCUAUGUCGCGACAUCUGCUACAACCUCCGACAGGUCUGGGGCAGCUGCGACCCCGUCACAUUGGAGAUGACGAAGCUCCUGUCCGGAUUGUUCACAGCCUCGGAUAACCACCAGUCCGCAGCUACGCUGCACGAGGGAGUUCUAUACGAUCUUCUCGCUGACUCCGGGGCAAAGGACCACGCCCACGUUGCUGACACCGCGUCGCAACAUAUGGAGCUGCUGCGCCGUGCCCAAGCCCGUCUUGGUGACGAACAGACCUCGAGCCGUGCGUCUACACAUGCGGAACUAUUGCAGUCGUUGACGGAUCGGUUCGGUGUGCAGUCCGAGCAGAUCAAGAAUGUUGGAGAGGCCAAUGGCGGUGCGCAGUUUGGUGUCUGGUCGAAGCCCAGACGGUUCAGUAUUGACGUUGAGGAUAUGGAGGAAGACGGUCAGACACACCACAACCACCUGCGGGAAUCUAGUGGUGCGGGAUUGUACGGUAGCGCUCCUCGUCGGAUCUCCGUGCAAGCCCUGUGA